AUGGCCGAAAACAGCGAUGACUUCCUCGAGAUGCUGGAGGAUCACCAGUUGAUAGAGCUCGGGCUCGGGUUUGCCUCGCAAGUGCCUCAAAACAACCCUGAACCGUCUCUAUUUCUUCCCAGCCCUUCGGCACCUCCUGCAACAUUCGCUCCACGCCUACGCCCACGCCAAAUCCCUCGCCCAAGCCUAGGACACACAAUCGAACAGGCGGGUCGCCCGGUCAGAGUUCGCCGAAGCCGUGCUCCUCAACCUCAACUACAUCCCGAUCCCCAUCUGCGCAACAUACUAGCCCCGGAGCCAGCUCAGCCAGCACCCGUCAUCGACCUUACGGAAGAGCCUGAUUCUCCAGACAUAUCACGGCUGAGGGGCCUGCCAGCACAGAGUGCAAGGAAUCCACGCCGAACGAAUUCACAACGUAUAUCGCCCCCUCAACUGGCAAGAACGGAUGGGACAUUUGUUGGUCGAUCGGCAAACGUAAUUGAUCUUACUGUAGACUCUCCCGAAGAACAGCGACCUUCCCGGCAUUAUCCACAUGCUGGACGCAUGAUUCCGAGACCAGAUGAUCUGAUUGAGGUUGAAAUAAUAAGCCAACGACAACGACCAGCUCUGUCUGCGGGAUCGAGCUUUGCAUUUGGGUCGUUUCGAGGACUGGUCAUUGGUACCGACAUUGACAUCACUGCUGUAUUCAACCCGCCCCAUCUCGACAUUUCACGUAAUGCAUAUGCUCGCCAGCCGAGCCCCAAACCACGCAUGUCUACGCCUCCGCCAGCCCAAGAAGGCUUCACCCGAAAUACCUGCACCGAUCCCGAGAAGGAGUCAGAAAGCGUCGUUAUUUGCCCAGCAUGUGACGAGGAACUGGCCUACGACCCUACGGGCUCUGUCACACAGAGCUCAGUUGGUACUGCAAAAGGAAAGCGCAAGCGCGCCCCCGGAGAGCACCAUUUUUGGGCUUUGAAGAAAUGCGGCCAUGUUUAUUGUGCCGAUUGCUUCGAAAACAGGAAGCCUACAAAGACGAAUCGCGACGGUGUGGGCUUCCGAUCUCCAGAUGCAAGGCCACCACAUCUCGUGGGAAACGAUCUCCGAUGUGCUGUAAAUGACUGCGAUACAAAGGUGUCUGCAAAGACAGAGUGGGUCGGGAUUUUCCUUUGA